AUGUACAAAAUAUCUCUCGACAUUGCAUCACGUUGGGGUUGGACCAAGGAGAUGGCAACAGCAUUGCUCAGGGAUAUUAAAGGGUACUUUCACAGUCACACUCCAUUUCAGGGAGGGAAAGCUGAUGGAAGGGAUUGGUGGAAGUCCCUCCUCAUGAAUGUCACUUCCCACCCUCUCAAAGGCCUGGCAAUCAAGUUAUUCAGCAUUGUUCCUCAUGUGGCUGAGGUCAAGCACUUUUUUUCCAACCUUGGCGGCGUCCAAAGUGUCAAGCAUUCCUGUCUCACAGUACCUCAUAUGGAGACACUGGGAACACUACAAAAUCAUUACACAUGCCAACUGCAGGAGGAUGCAAUUAACACAGGAAAAUCAAUGUGUCAAAAGCACACACAUAUGCAUACUCAAGCUGAUGGUGGGAUUAAUGUGGAAAGAGCAGAGGAUUUAGUAUGGGCAUUCAAUUGGACUCCCCUCCUAGCCAAUUUCAACAGUGACCUUGAGGGGCUUGAGGAGUUGACUGAAGAAGAUAUUGAUGUGGAAUUUGACAAGCUGGAAGAACAGGUACCAACAGGCAAAGGCACAGGAAUCAAGGCAGAUGUUUCUCUUGAACAAGUUUUGGACAUCACUGACCUUGAUAAUAUUGUCCAGGCUCAACACCCUGAGGUAUUGAUGAUGAAUCACUGCUGUCACUGA